UGGAGGAGAACCUUCUCCUCACUUCCCCACUCUCAUUCAGGAGUUGAUUCCAAAUUCCAAUGCAUAUGCCCUCCCCAUCCUCCUCCUCCAAGCCCCUUCCUCCUUGACGGACGGUAAAAUCCUCCGUCUCGAAGGAACCUCGCGAAUCGCCGAGCAGAGCCGUAAGCGAAUCGCGCGUCGAAUCCGGGAGAUCAGCCGGAGAUUCCUAAAGCGUCGUCGAGGAUCUAACUACGGACACGAUGGCUAACAAUGUGUCGAACGGGGAGCACCAGGCGGCGACAAAACCGCCUCCGAGCCCUUCGCCUUUGCGCAACUCCAAAUUCUUUCAGUCCAACAUGAGAAUCCUCGUCACUGGAGGAGCUGGGUUCAUAGGCUCUCACUUGGUGGACAGGCUAAUGGAGAAUGAGAAGAAUGAGGUAAUUGUGGCAGAUAAUUACUUCACUGGGUCAAAGGACAAUCUUAGCAAAUGGAUUGGACAUCCAAGAUUCGAACUUAUUCGACACGAUGUCACAGAGCCAUUGUUGGUCGAAGUCGACCAAAUAUAUCAUCUUGCAUGCCCAGCUUCUCCAAUCUUUUAUAAGUACAAUCCUGUCAAGACAAUCAAGACUAAUGUGAUUGGCACACUGAACAUGCUAGGACUUGCCAAACGAGUGGGAGCAAGGAUUUUACUCACUUCAACAUCAGAGGUGUAUGGUGAUCCCCUUGUACAUCCCCAGCCUGAGAGUUACUGGGGCAAUGUCAACCCAAUUGGAGUUAGGAGCUGUUAUGACGAGGGAAAACGUGUUGCUGAAACUUUGAUGUUUGACUAUCACAGACAGCAUGGCAUUGAGAUCCGUGUUGCUAGAAUCUUUAACACAUACGGACCACGAAUGAAUAUCGACGAUGGACGUGUUGUUAGCAAUUUCAUUGCUCAAGCACUUCGUGGUGAACCAUUGACAGUUCAGAUGCCUGGAACACAGACCCGCAGUUUCUGUUAUGUCUCCGAUUUGGUUGAUGGGCUCAUUAGGCUCAUGGAAGGAGAAAAUACUGGACCUAUCAAUAUUGGAAACCCAGGGGAAUUUACUGUGCUCGAACUUGCCAAAACAGUGAAAGAGCUCAUUAACCCUGAGGUGGAGAUAAAGAUGGUGGAGAACACACCCGACGAUCCACGGCAGAGAAAACCAGACAUCACAAAGGCCAAGGAACUGCUGGGGUGGGAACCGAAGGUUAAGUUGCGAGACGGCCUUCCUCUAAUGGAGAAUGACUUCCGGACCAGGCUUGGCAUCGCCAAAAAGAUUUGAUUCGUUGCUGAAUUAAUCGAUGAGCAGGAGUUGUUCCUGCCUGAGUUUUUGCAUGGAGUUGGUGGCGUGAUUCCAAUUUACUAUACUUCUUUUCUGUGCUUUCCUGAAGCUGUAUUCCUGUUAUAGACAAUGAGUGGAUAUUGUCUCCUGUUUCUCUCUUGGAAUUUUAUACUUUUUCUGUGUCUUUGAUUACCCGAACCGAGAAAGUGCAAUAUAAUUUUGUCCUUUUUUUCUGGA